UUUCACCUCGUAGUCAUCGACAUCGCCGAAUUUCUCACUCACCCAAGAGCAGAGCUCCCAACAAAUUCCCGCCGCAGCCCAGCCAGAAACUCAGACCAGACCAAGUUCAUCUGAGACCCGAGAGAAACGAAACCAAAAAUGCCGAGAAGAUCUAAGGCCAAAACCGCCGCGUCCAAAUCUGUCACCACCCCGUCCCGCCGCGUUUCGUCGGCCAAUGCCUCGCCGGUUUUUUUCGACCUACGUGGCGCCGGCGGUUCAUUGGGCUCUUCUUCGUCCCCUUCCGUUAACCCUCCUGCUUCCAGCCCUACAAUCGAUGCUUCGCAUUCACGAGGCCCUCCUAGAUCUUUAGUUGCAGCCGAGGACGAAGCAGCGACUAAUCGUCUCAUUAUUGAUCUCAUGGAUAGCAGAUUGCGUGAAAAUGCCCUUGCCCAUCUUGCUAGGAGAGCGUGGGGAUUUCAGGAGUUAGCCGUACGCUUAUGGUUUUCUUUUGGUACAAUUGCCAUACUCUUACAGGAAGUGCUUUCCGUGUAUCCAUUAUUGUCACCACCAUCUCUAACUCCCAUACAAUCUGAUAGGCUAUGCAAUGUUCUGACACUUCUUCAGUGCGUUGCCUCUCACCAAGAGACUAGAUCUUUGUUCUCUCAAGCCUACUUGCCCUUCUAUUUGGUUGUGCUUCUCAACCAGAUAGGUGAAUUGAGGUGUUUUGAGCGCAUAAGGAUCCUUACACUGGGAAUAAUAGCUGCUCUUGUACAGGUUCCGGACCCCAGAGUGAUUUCUCUGCUUCUCGAAGCAGAACUAAUACGUCCCUGCCUAUGUGCUAUGCAGAGAGGCAGUGAAUUUUCAAGAACGGUAGCGACAUUAAUUUUGAAAAGAAUUUUGCUUGAUGAUAAUGGGUUACAACAUGUGUGUCGGAGGCCAGAUUUGUUUUUGUCUGUGUGGCAAGCACUUAGGAGUGUGGUUGCUUCACUUUCUCAGCUGCCUUCGACUCCACUGCUAAGAGAUGUCAUCACCUGCUACCUAUGCCUCUUUAAAAAUGAAAGAAGUUUAGCACUGAGGCAGUCGCUCCCGAGAAGCCUUAUUAAUGGCACAUUUCGCUACUGUUGUAAUGAUGAUCACACAAGAUUGUUGCUUCAACAGUUGUUGGACCAGACCCGAUUAUCUCUAAUAGCCCAAAAAGAUCAUCACAAAAUUCAGCACGGUAUUUCCACCAUCUCAACGAGCACUGUUCUUCAGAGGCUAUUGACAUUGAUUAGUUCAAGGGUUCAAUGGCAGACGUUACUUGGGAUGUCAUUCUCGCAUCAAAAGGGGAUUUCCUUCUAAUUUCCUGCUUUUCGAUUAACUUCAUUCGCCAACUCAAUAGGGCAAGGUGAGGGAGGACGGGAAUGGGAAUGGGAAACCUCCUUUUAACGGACAUGGAAGAACUAAAGCUGGCGGAACUCUCCGAGCCUUUGGGGCAAGGGCAGGUUGUACAAAUCUAGUUAGAGCUGUUGGUGUCGCAAAAUUUGGGAUACAUGCCAAAGCAUGAUACAUGUUGAAAUGCCUCGGGAGGGGAUAGUAUCUACUUUGGAUGUAGCAGACCUUCGGAGCUUUGAUCGAUGUAUGGACAUUUUUUCUAUCGUUUCUCUCUUCUCUUGAAGAAUUUGAAAAACAAGAGAGCAAUUUCUUCAUAUUUCUUGAGAGAGAGGAGAGAAACAAUAGAAAAUUGCAGCAGAAAUCGAUUAGGGCAUCCAAGGCCAUGCUGCUUUUGCUGCUGCAUCCAAAGUGGUCACUGCCCGUCUCGCAGCAUUCUGCCGAUCGCUUUGCCAGUUCUUCCAGUACUCCAUGGCGCCUGCAGCUCAUGUUUCUUGUAAAGACAAUAUUCGAUUAUGAAGGUUAAAUAUGUUUAUGAAAGUAGUUUUUUAAUAGUGAUGUCUCAGUAGAAUAUGAUUCUUCUUAUUACUGUUAUAGACUAUUUCAUUAUUUUGUUCCCAGUUGCCCUCAGCUUUUUGUUACAUUUU